AUUGGUGUUAGUGUCGUCUGCAAUAUACGUAACAUGCAUCUAUAACUGAAGAAAUAUCUGUAUUUUGGGAUUGUUUUUUCUUUUAAAACUUUUUGUGUGCACUUUAAGAUGGAUCUGACGUUUCUUGGCACCGCGUCCUGCUACCCAAUGCCGAAUAGAGGCGUCUCCUGUGUCGUUUUUAAGUCAGACAGAGAAUGUUGGAUGUUUGACUGUGGGGAGGGGAGUCAGAUUCAGGUCAUGAAAAGCAGCAUCAAAGCAGCCAAAAUCAACAAGAUCUUCAUCACACAUCUUCACGGAGACCAUCUGUUUGGUUUACAAGGAUUCUUGUGCACCCUGAGUCUAAAUCUAGCAGAGCAGACAUCUCAAAAAACAUCUCAGCAGACAUGUCAGCAGACAUGUCAAGAGACAUCUCAGAAUCCGUCGAAGACGUCUGAGAAGGCGUCUCAGACUCCAUCUGUGGAGAUCUACGGACCGCUGGGCCUGAGGAGGUACUUAAGAACCUGCCUGGAACUCUCAAGGUCGCCCAUCAGCUUCUCCUACGUCGUGCACGAACUUGAACCUGUGGAGGACCAGCUACCUCAAGACUGGGAGGAGUGGCACCCAGAACAUACCAGCUCUGGACCAGUCCAUCCAGGAGAAGGGGAGGGCAGGAACAUCCGGAGGGACGAAACAGGAGCCUGGCAUUUAUUUGAAGACAGUAGGUUUGUAGUGAAAGCUGGAGCGAUCUACCACAGAAUCCCCUGCUUCGGUUACAUCAUACAGAAGAAGACUCUACCAGGCAAACUGGAUGCAGCAAAGCUGAAGGAGUUAGGAGUCCCUCCCGGUCCUCUCUACUCCAGAAUCAAACAGGGCGAGACAGUCACACUGGAAAACGGCCAGCUUUUUACUUUCAAGAUUGACCCCAAGGAUGUGGUAGGGCCAAGUCGACCGGGAAGAAAAGUUGUUAUCCUUGGUGACACCCAUGACCCCUCACCUCUGACCUCCCUGGCCCAGGGGGCAGAUGUCGUGGUGCACGAGGCGACCCUGGAGAACAGCCUGAGGUCAAAGGCCAUAGAGGUCGGACAUUCCACUCCUGAAAUGGCUGCUACAUUUGGGAAGACCAUAGGAGCCAAAACCCUCAUCCUAACCCACUUUAGUCAACGCUACAGACCACUGGGGGCAAUACUGGAGAAAGGAGAGGAGUCGGUGAGUAAACUACAGGAGGAGGCAGCCGCAGUGUUUGGGGCAGAUGGAGUCAUCACUGCACAGGAUCUACAGACUGUACACAUUCCACAGCCUACUUCUUAAUUAACCCUUGUCCUCCGAAGCACAUGUAAGAAACAGAGGCCAGCAGUAGAAACAGAAAG